CCAUUAGGUGACAGCAGCUGACCCCGCCCACCCUGUCUCUGAGCGCUGUGGAGGGGACCAUGGCAGGAGGAGGGUAGAGCUGGCGGCAGGGCUGCCCGGGAUCGUCUGUAUCGCGGGGUGAGGACUGGCAUUGCCCCCAUACUACCCUGUACGGUGCCGCUUCCCCCUUGGGCCGCAUGGUGCUCCUAUGUGAAGGGAGGGGAGAGCCUGGCUGCUGUAGCCGGAGAGGUGAGGGGCAUCCCGUGGGCAUCAGUGAUCCCCGAGGAGCGGGCAUCGGAUGCCUGUGCUGGUGACUGACUGGCUGCACCAUGCCAUUGUGCCCUGCCGGAGGAGAGCCGCUCUGUGUUGUCGCCAUCAGCCAUGCUGCCCGGGGUCGGGGUGUUCGGUACCAGCCUGACGUCCAGGCUCAUCAUCCCGCUGCUCCAGGACGAGGGCUUCUCGGUGAAGGCGCUAUGGGGCCGGACACAGGAGGAGGCUGAGGAGCUGGCCAAGGAGAUGAGCGUCCCCUUCUACACCAGCCGCAUCGACGACGUCUUACUGCACCAAGAUGUGGACCUGGUGUGCAUCAACCUGCCCCCGCCGCUCACCAAGCAGAUCGCCGUCAAGACCCUAGGGAUUGGUAAAAAUGUCAUCUGUGAUAGAACAGCAACUCCCCUUGAUGCUUUCCGAAUGAUGACUGCUGCCCACUAUUAUCCCAAGCUUAUGAGCAUCAUGGGGAAUGUCUUGCGAUUCCUGCCAGCGUUUUUAAAGAUGAAGCACCUGAUCCAAGAAGGAUAUGUGGGGGAACUCCAAAUGUGUGAGGUCCAGGUCCACAGUGGAAGUCUACUGGGAAAGAAAUACAACUGGAGCUGUGAUGAUCUCAUGGGUGGCGGUGGGCUGCAUUCUGUUGGUAGCUACAUAAUAGACCUCUUGUCUUUUCUGACCAACCAGAAAGCAGUGAAGGUCCAUGGACUUCUGAAAACCUUUGUAAAGCAGACAGACCACAUAAAAGGAAUCCGACAGAUAACCAGUGACGAUUUCUGCACAUUUCAGAUGGUCCUUGAAGGUGGAGUGUGCUGUACGGUUACCCUGAACUUUAAUGUCCCUUGGGAGUUUAAGCAAGAUGUCAUAGUUGUUGGAUCAUGUGGUAGACUAAUCGUAAUGGGGACGGAUCUGUAUGGACAAAGGAACGGCUCCUCCGAGAGAGAAUUACUUCUAAAUGACUCCACACUUGUCAGAAAUUCCCUCGUGCCUGAAAAGGCUUUUAGUGACAUUCCCUCCCCAUAUCUAAGAGGGACUAUCAAAAUGAUCCAGGCUGUGCGGCAGGCGUUUGAAGACCAGGAAGACAGAAGAACAUGGGAUGGCAGGCCAUUGACAAUGGCAGCUACCUUUGAUGACUGUCUUUAUGCUCUUUGUGUAGUGGACAUGAUAAAAAAAUCUAACCAGACUGGUGAAUGGCAGAACAUAGUGAUUAUGACGGAGGAGCCCGAGUUAAGCCCUGCUUACUUAAUAAGUGAAGCCAUGCGCAGGAGCCGUAUGUCUUUAUACUGCUAGUAGACCCUCCAAACCUGGCCAUAUGGGGAGAUGUUAACAUUUGUAAAUAUAUGCUGCUAGACAGGUGGUACAUGUCUAUGGUAUAAUUUAUAUACAUCUAGUUGUUACUGCUGUAGUUGGAAAGGAACUGGGCCGCUUUCCACAGCAGACAAGCUGUGAACAUUUACCAGAAUGUAUAUUCGUAUGGGAUAAACAUCUAUGGGUAUUUAACACCAAUAGCAUUUAAGUUAUGGAAAUUGGUCUUCAUUGUAAAUGUUCAAGGAGAUUGCUUUACAUGGAAAAUCUGAAUGCCAGUUCUGUACUAAUAGUGUGUUGGCUAUUGUUUAUGUGCUGCCUAAACACAUGGUCGGCUAUG